AUGCAGCAGAGGUCCAGGGAGUUGCCGGGGUCAUGGGUUCUUGGGCCUGAGGGCGCACUUGGCGCUGGAUCCCGUGGGAACCAGCUGCUGUACCUGUACCGGGAGGGCUUUAAGGGGUGCCCGCCGGGUCCUGGGCGAUACAAGAACAUGCCCAAAAGAUGGAACACAUGCAGGAGGGACGGCGUCUGGGCUGCUGAGAGCAAUAAGAGUUGUCUGGCUGCAGAUGAUGCUUGCGAUGAUGCCGAGCAUCUCCUUGUAACGUGUAAUAUACUAUGCAGGUACUACAACACGUUGUCUAAACGUGCCGCGGCCACGGAGUGCGAUGCGACGCUGAACCCCGGCGGUGCCGUAUCAACCUCGGACGAGAGAGAAGGUCUGGAGCCUCGGAACCAGGUUGAUGUCCGUGAACCCGUGUGUACCGAUACCACAAGCUUGACAGGGAGGCGAGGGGGGCAGACGUCGUGGAUACGGCUGGCCGAGAUGGUGUCCAUCGGGGCUGAAGCGCAAGUGAGGCGCGCUUCAUGGGGCGCUGCACUUGAUGCGAAGCAAGGUACAUAA